UAAGCUUUCAGAUCAGCUGUGGACAGACAGAGUAAACCAACCUGCAUGCUUUUUUUCUGCAGAUAACUAAAUGGAUAGGAAAGGAAUAUAAAGAUACGAACUAACUAGAAGACCCUGAGCAGACAGAGGAAAGGAAAAAGGAAGCUUUUUUAUUUAAAAAAAAAUCUGUGUUGCAAAACUGUGUCUUGUUGGAGAAAGUAUUGUUCUCUACUCCGUGCAUGUUUUACAUUGGAGAAGUGCAUUGGUGCUUUUAAUCGGCCAGACGCGGUCUAGUUUCCAAGCGGAGCCGCAAGACAACACCAGAGACAUGAUUUUGAGACUGGGCUCGGUUGUUGGCGUUGCUGCUUUUUGUUUACAUGCGUUAUUGUUGUGGUUUUAUGCAAAGGUGGUGGAGGGAACCGGUCAGUUCGAGUUGGACAUCUUAUCGAUGAACAACCGGAACGGCGAGCUUCUUAACGGGCAGUGUUGUGACGGUUCACGGAUCACCGGGGAUCGGAAAUGCAGGAUGGAUGAGUGUGAUACGUAUUUUAAAGUGUGUUUGAAGGAAUACCAGUCGCGGGUCUCGGCUGCAGGACCGUGCAGUUUCGGGUCCGGAUCUACGCCUGUCCUGGGAGGAAAUGUGUUUUCUUUGAAGAGCUCUGCGAGGAAUGAAAGAUCCAGGAUUGUUUUGCCGUUCAGUUUUGCCUGGCCAAGGUCAUACACGUUGAUAGUGGAAGCCAUGGACGCUAAUAACGACACGAGUGGUGGUGAUGGUCAGGUGAUUGAGAAGGCGUCCCACUCUGGGAUGAUCAACCCCAGCCAUCAGUGGCAGAAGCUCAGCCACAACGGUCCUAUUGGUCAGUUCGACUAUCAGAUCCGGGUCAGCUGUGACGAGCACUACUACGGCUUCGGAUGCAACAAGUUCUGCCGACCCCGAGACGUGUUCUUCGGGCACUACACCUGCGACUACAACGGGAAUAAGACCUGUCUGGAGGGCUGGUCUGGACUAGAAUGUAACACACCUAUCUGUAGGCAGGGCUGCAGUACAGAACAUGGACACUGCAAAGAGCCAGAUGACUGCAAGUGUCUGUAUGGCUGGCAGGGGCAGUACUGUGACCAGUGUAAUCCUCACCCUGGCUGUAUCCAUGGAACCUGUGUUGAACCAUGGCAGUGUCUGUGUGAUACCAACUGGGGAGGACAUCUCUGUGACAAAGAUCUGAACUUCUGUGGGACCAAACAGCCCUGUCUGAACGGAGGAACCUGCAGCAACACGGGACCUGACAAAUACCAGUGUUCCUGUGUUGAGGGCUACUCUGGAGUCAACUGUGAGAGGGCAGAGCAUGCGUGUCUGUCCAACCCCUGCUCUAAUGGAGGGAGCUGUGUCGAGACCAGUCAGGGUUAUGGGUGUGUAUGUGGAGCGGGUUGGAGCGGACCCUCCUGUAGCAUCAAUGUUGAUGAGUGCUCUCCUAACCCCUGUAACCACGGUGGGACCUGUCAGGAUCUGGUUCAUGCUUAUAAGUGUCACUGUCCUCCUCAGUGGACCGGCAAGACCUGUCGCAUAGAUGCCAACGAAUGCGACAGCAAGCCCUGUGUCAACGCCAACUCCUGCCGCAACCUGAUUGGUGGAUACUUCUGCGAGUGUGACGCUGGUUGGACGGGGCUGAACUGUGACAUCAAUCUCAACGACUGUAAAGACCAGUGCCACCACGGAGGAACCUGCAUGGACUUGGUGAACGGGUACCGCUGUGUAUGUCCUGCGGGUUACUCUGGAGACCACUGUGAGAGAGAUGUGGAUGAAUGUGCCGGCGCUCCCUGUCUGAACGGCGGGCGAUGCCAAGACCAGGUCAACGGAUUCACCUGCCUCUGUCUGGCCGGGUUCUCUGGACAUUUCUGCCAAUUGGAUAUAGACUACUGCUUCGCCAACCCCUGUCAGAACGGUGCUCUAUGCUUCAACGUGGCUAAAGACUACUACUGUGGCUGUUCAGAAGACUAUGAGGGAAAAAACUGCUCUCACCUCAAAGACCACUGUCACACCACCACGUGCAAAGUGAUUGACAGCUGCACGGUUGCCGUGGGAUCCAACAGUACCCCUGGAGGAGAGCGGUACAUCUCCUCCAACGUGUGUGGUCCUCACGGACGCUGUCGGAGCCAGGCUGGAGGACAGUUCAGCUGUGACUGUCAGGAGGGCUUCAGAGGCACAUACUGUCACGAGAAUAUUAAUGAUUGUGAGAGCAGCCCGUGUGGUACUGGAGGAACCUGUAUAGAUAAAGUCAGUGUGUACCAGUGUAUCUGUGGAGACGGCUGGGAGGGGGACCACUGUGAGAUCAAUAUAGAUGACUGCAGCACUAGUCCAUGUCAUAAUGGAGGAACAUGUCGAGACCUGGUGACUGAUUUCUUCUGUGAGUGUAUGAACGGCUGGAAGGGGAAGACCUGCCACUCCCGUGAGAGCCAGUGUGACGAGGUUAACUGUAACAACGGAGGGACAUGUCAUGAUGAGGGAGACACCUUCCAGUGCAAGUGUUCCCCUGGAUGGGAGGGGGCUACGUGUAAUAUAGCUAAGAACAGCAGCUGUCUUCCUAACCCCUGUCAGUACGGGGGAACAUGUGUGACCAUUGGGGACUCCUUCACCUGCGUCUGCAAGGAGGGCUGGGAGGGAGACACCUGUAAACAGAAUACCAACGACUGUAAUCCCCACCCAUGUUAUAACAGUGGGACCUGUGUGGAUGGUGAUAACUGGUAUCGAUGUGAGUGCACUCCAGGGUUCGCUGGGCCAGACUGCAGGAUCAAUAUCAACGAAUGCCAGUCCUCGCCGUGUGUGUUUGGUGCUACCUGUGUUGAUGAAAUCAAUGGCUUCCACUGCCUGUGUCCCCAAGACCGAUCAGGACCACGUUGUCAGGACGUGACAGGGAGACCGUGCUCAGGGAACAGUCGUGUCACCCCUGAUUUAGCCAAGUGGGAUGAGGACUGCAACACCUGCCAGUGCUUUAAUGGGAAGGUUGUCUGUACUCGAAUAUGGUGUGGCCUUAGGUCCUGCCGAGUUAAAGGCCACGGUAGCAGAGGAGGUGGGGUCGGGUGUCUGUCUGGUCAGAGCUGUGUACCAAUCAGGGAGGAGCAGUGUUUCAUCCGACCGUGUCUGGGUCAGGGGGAGUGCCACCCCUCCUCUCCACCGCCCAACAAAUGCCACCCCAGCUCCGGUUACCACGACAACAGCUGUGCUAACGUAACACUUACGUUCACCAAAGAGACCAUGCCCAAAGGUCUGAGUAUUGAGGCAGUGUGUAAGCAGCUGAGACAACUGUACGUGGUCAAGAAUGUGUCCUCUGAGUAUUCUGUUUCCAUAACCUGUGACCCUUCAACCUCUGCCAGCAACGAGAUCCAUCUCAGCAUCUACACAGUGGACCAGUGGAUGGACAAUUCACCUAUAAAGGAGAUAACAGAGAGGAUCAUCGAUCUGGUGUCUAAACGCCAUGGCAACAACAGCAUCAUCACCGCCAUUGCUGAGGUCAGAGUGCAGCGGACGCCGAGCACUAGCCACACCGACUACAUGGUCCCCCUCCUCUCUUCAGUCUUCAUCGUCUUGUGGAUCCUGGUGCUGGUCUCCGUCUUCCUGUACUGCAUGCAUCGCCGGCGGAAACAUGGCAACGGAGCCUCGUCGUCCGCUGCGACAGAUGACAACACCACCAACAACGUCCGUGAGCAGCUCAACCAGAUCAAGAAUCCCAUCAACGUGAAACACGCCGGCAGCGGCCAUCUUACGACGUCGGUGGUCAUCAAAGACUACGAGGAUAAAAACUUGAUCGUCGCCAAGGUACGAACACACCACCGCCCUGAGGGGGAGGAGGACGACGAUAAAGAGAUACAGCUAGGGAAUAAAGGACGCUUUGUGGUUACAGCCAAACAGCCUGCCUACACACUGGUGGAGCGGGAGGAUCAGGGCCUCAAUGGAGGCCUGGGGGCCAACGGGCCCAGCGACGGGGACGUCAGGACCGCGGUGCAGCCCAACGACGGGGACGUCAGGACCGCGGUGCAGCCCAGCUCCAAACACCCUAACUGGGUUAAUAAACAGGACAACAGAGCCCUGGAGACGGCACACAGCAUCAACAGGAUGGACUACAUCGUAUAGCAGGAAAUUAUAUAGCAGGAGGCAGGAAGUAGCAUGUAAACCCUGUGUAAAGAAUUCCCCCUUCCUGGACGUUAUGGUCAUCCCGGCAAGGUGGUUCUUCUGAUACGCUGUGUUGACACUGUUUUCGUGCAACCAUUGAUCUUAGUGAAGAGGACCAGGGGGGGGGAUGUUCUGGGAUUUGUAGUUCCUAAACUGUAGCGUCAUUAUUCUGUGACUACAAGGUUUGUUGUUUGGAUGAAUGAAUCCAUGGCUGCAUCAGAUGUGGUACCCUAUUCCCUGUGUAGUGCACUACUUUUGACCAGGGCCCUAUGGGUUUGAUGCACAAUGUAGGGAUUAGAGUGCCAUUUGGGACAUUUCCCAUGACUGUUAAUUUAAGUUUGGACAAGCUGGCUACACUGGCAGAAAAGGUUGAGGCUGAGAACCAGGCGCUGUGUUUUCAUAUUUCAACACUUAUUACCUAAUAUUAUUACCUAAUAAUAAGUGCACUACUUUUGACCAGCACCCAUAGGGCUCCCUCCCAUAGGACUCCUCCUAUAGGGCUCCCUCCCAUAGGACUCCUCCCAUAGGGCUCCCUCCCAUAGGACUCCUCCCAUAGGACUCCUCCCAUAGGGCUCCCUCCCAUAGGGCUCCUCCCAUAGGACUCCUCCCAUAGGG